CCAACACAGAAUAGGAAAUCCUAUAGCAGCUUAAAGUCAGAGACCUGAUCACAACUGGUUCAUUUCCAGUCACAUCAACAGUUCUGCAAAAGCCUGGCUGGAGGGGAUGGCACAAGACACUUGUCUCACAGGCUUUCGACUUGCCGGGGUUGUCCUUGCAGCAUUGAUUGUCAAUGCAGCGUGUUUGAUCUGGAUUUAUUCUGCUAAGCCGAUUGAAUCACCGUCAGGAGUUGGUGGAGGUCUAAUUCAUGACUUGGGGAAAUUUCUCAGAAGUCCUUCCUCCAAUUCCAGUUUGUUCCUUAAAGCCUCUCACCCCACCAAACAGACCAAACAGAUCUUUGGUGAGCUGGAGUGGGAGGAGGAGGGGAAGGAGAUUGGCAGCAUGUUCCUGACCAAGAACAGGACCCACAUCCAGGUGACCAUGGCAGGCUGGUAUGUGGUCUUUGUCCAAGCCACCUUUAAGCUGCCAGCAGGGAAUGACACCAUGGACCUAAGGCUACAGCUGGAUUUCACUUACCAGGAGCGUACGGACCAGUUUGCCAGUGCCUUUGACACGCGGCAGUUGCUGGAAGAGGAGCAAGACGCCCCAUUGAGUUUCUCUGUCCUUUUGCGGAUGGAGCCGGAGAAUAGACUGUCUGUGAUGGCAAGCCACAGGCAGCAGGUUGAUUAUGAGAGAAGACCAGUCUCUACCUUCAUUACUAUCAUUAGAUGCUCUGACUAGCCAAACUGGAGCCUGAGGAGAGGGCCAAUGUCUAAUACCUUUUGAGUUAGUGUCUGUAUGCCACACGUAUCCAUUAAGGUGGUAUGUGCCUACAGGUAACUGCCAAAAUAAAGGAAACGCCAACAUAAAGUGUCUUAUUUGGGGUGUUGGGCCAGAAGAGUUUCAAUGCACCUUGGCAUAUAUUCUACACGUGUCUGGACCUAUUGGAGAGAUGCCAUAUGAAAUUCCAUAAUUUGUUUUAUUUGUUGGUGGUGGAAAACGCUAUCUCACGCAACACUCCAGAAUCUCUCAAGUGUUAAAUUGGGUUGAGACCACUUGUGCCCUGUGGAUGGGGGGCAUUGUCAUCCUAUUGGGGCUUAGACAUAGUAGCCAAAAUAAUGGGCAAAUUAAUGUCCUGCCCAGCAUUUUUAUACUUGACCCUAAACAUGAUGCGAUGUUAAUUGCUUUUUAACUCUGGAACCACACCUGUGUGGAAGCACCUGCUUUCAAUAUGCUUUGUAUCCCUCAUUUACUCAAGUGUUUCCAUUUAUUUUUGCCAAUUACCUGUAUGAAACCAGAGACCUAGGGAAGGACUCGAUUGUAUACUCCUCAGGUCCCCUGCUCAAAACUAAUUGGAUGAGAGAACAGAGGUCCCUACCCUCUGACCUCCAAUGGGUUUUGAGAGGGAGACGAGGAGAGAGAGAACGUGACAUGUAUCCUUCCAUAAGAGAUUAGAAUCUUAAAACAACAAACCCUGUGAUUUUAUGAGCUGUCUGCACAUCACUGCUGGCUUGUUUGUAUGCUUUUGUAGGGGAUGGAGAAACUGUAGGUGGGCUCAGUGGUGACAGACAUGGUUACUGACAAGAGAAGGGGGCAAGCAGGAUGGGGGUAAAGGAUGUCCACCAGCCAAUUACCUAAUUUAAUUUUCUUAAUUUGGCUGAUUUAUUUGUCUUCACAAUAUCUGAAUGUCAGGAUUGAAGACAAAAGAGUUAUACUGUUACGGUUCUAGCAUGGUGUAUCUCAAUAGCAGGACUACAGUAAAAAAAAAAGGCAUUUUAUUUGGCCUAAAAAAAUCUGACUAUGCCUUUUAUAUAUUAUAUCAGGUAACAUUUUUAUAUACUCAACAAAUUAAUGUUGCAGAAAAAUGAAGUACCUGACCACACUACACAACUUCUGUUGACACCCAUCUUUUACCAAUUCUUAUAAUGUUGUGUAGUAGUGAUUGACAUAUAAUAAAUGUGAG